GUAUUAUCUUCCUUUUAUCUUUCAUAAUUUAUAUCGGUCUUAAUGGAAACUAGGGUUACGAACUUUUAAAUUAUAUUAUGUUAUUCACAUGAUUAUGAAAUGUGCUAAUUAGAUAUAAUAUAAUUAUGAUCUGGUCACUGAAUAGAAAACUAAUAUUCGGAACGGCAGUCCGGCUGUCUCCUUCUUUUCUAAUACCCAUCUUCAGUACUAGAAAUGAAAACGAUUCCGUAAGCUCACAGACAGAUUUUAUUCAUAAGACAGGAUGGGAUAGAGUAAGAGAUAUGUAUUCUAAGGAUGAAUUUGGUGAAGUAUCUGUAGAAUUACACAAUGUUGCCCAAGCAACAAUGUGUGGAUUUUUUGUAGGUGCAUGUUUGGGAGGAUUUGCAAAAUCAAGAGAUGCCUAUUUGCACUUCAUUGAAAAUAAUCAAGCUACUAUCUUUAAUUCUACUAUCCAAGCUAAGAAAAAAUUACAAGAUUAUGUAACAGUUGCUUUUGCAAGAGGUGCUUACCAUUGGGGAUGGCGACUGGGUAUCUUUACUGGAAUGUUUAGUAUAAUCUCAACAACAGUUUCUGUGUACCGUGACCAAAGUUCACUCGGAGAUUAUGUCGCAGCAGGAACUAUUACCGGAGCAAUAUAUAAAGCUAAUUUAGGACCAGCUGCUAUGGUGGUUGGUGCUUUCCUAGGAGGAGUUUUGAGUAUUAUUGGUGGAAUACUUAUAUUGAGUAUACUAAAACUGACUGGUGUGUCUAUGGAAGAUAUUAGAAAAUCAUUUUAUAAAAUAAAGGAAGCAAGAUAUGAUCAAUAUAAACAGUCAGUGGAAAAAGCAGCAACUGAAAAACAUGAUAGUCUAACGCUACACCAUGAUGUAAUUGUUGAAGAAAAAGGUGUAAAGAAAAUAGAAGAGCUACCUUAAAUUAUUUAAAUAUAUACAUUGUACAAUGAAUAGUUAUAAAAAAAU